AAAAAAUAAAAAAAUCAAUAAAUAAUUUAACAAAUUAAAUUAUCAGUAGAACAACUUUUUUACUUACAAAAGGUAUUUAUUUCCAUCUCCAAAUUUAAUAGUAACAAAGAAAGAAGGACGGAAAAAACAGCAAUAGGGAUGAGAGCAAGUGGAACAUUUUCAUAAAAAGGCGCAUAAUCUCCUACAAGAGGAUUGAAUUUUUCAAUGUCAUCAAUGGGAAGUCCAUCUAGAAACGGAUUUAGCACUACAAAAUCCUCAAAUAUGACUUCUUUUUCAACAGCACUUCAUCAAAUAAAAUGUGGUCUUUAAGGACACCAACAAAAAUCAAUUUAAUGGGUAUGUAUGGCAAAGGAAUGCUAGUUUGAGACAAGAUUAGUUUGCUCUAAAUGCUACGCCGGUUAACACUCUAUACAUUAGAAGUUUAUGGUAAAGGUUCAAGAGAUAUUUGAUAAUCUAGAUGAUUAAAAUAUUUAGAAUUGGCCUUUAGAAGACCGUGGCAAAUAAGUUAAAGAAUACGUUAAUGUAGAAAACCAAUAUAUUCAAGGAUUGUACUAAGAAUUAGACGUAUUUUUUGAUGGCUUAUAAGAAUAGCUUUUAAAAAGACUGGAAGCUCUCAAAAAAAGUUUACUUCUUGAUAUAAAUGUUUUUUAUCUUCGCGGUGAAGGCAAAGAAAAAGUUAAGUUCCUCGACAACCUUAAAAAAAUGUAUUCAGAUGCCUAUGAUUUUAGUGACUUAUAGGACUUAAUAAAAAAAUUUUUUUAAAGAGAGAUAACUUAUGACACAUUUUAAACAUAAAUUAAUUUUAUGUUGAAUGACAAAGAAAAAAUAAAUUUGCAAUAAAAAUUAUAUAAUUAUUUUGCAAAAAAUAUGUAAAACACUCAGAUUACUGAUUCUUCAAUGGUUUAGGCAAGAAUAGACCGCGAAAACUUAAAAAAUAUCCAAAAGCAAAUACUAGAUGGGCUUAAUCGCUUUAAGUCUUGUGUAAGUGUUUCCUAAGUACAAACCAUGACCCAUGAAGAUUUACCAUUUACUCCAACCAUUGGUGUUAAAUUAGGUAAUUUCUCAUCAACAGUAGAAAAUGGAAAAGUCUAGUAACAAAAUUGGGGUCUCUAAAUCUAAGAGAUUCUUAAUUAUAUGAAUUAGUAAACUUAACAGCUGGGCGAUCGUGAUACAUUGAUUUAUAAAAGGGAAAUCUAUGCUGAUAAUUCUAGAUAUGAGGGCUUUUUCUUGAAUGGUCAAAGACAUAUGAUUGGAACUCGCUAUUAUGCUGAUGGUAACAUUUACUUUGGCUAAUGGGAGAGAGGUGCAAGACAAGGAAACGGUGUCAUGCAUUUUAGUAAAGGAACAUACUAUUAAGGAGAAUGGUAUAACGAUAAAAAGCAUGGUACAGGAAUAGAAGUCUAUCCAAAUAACACUAAGUUUGAAGGAUUAUUUGAAGACGGUUUGAAGCAUGGACAAGGAAAAUUUACUUACCAAGAUGGAAAGGUGUUUGAAGGUGUUUAUGUAUAAGACAAGAGAAAUGGUAUAGGAAAACUCAUUUACAAAAAUAACUAAGUGGAAAUAGUCUAUUAUGCCCUUGGAGAAAAAGUCACAGAAGAAAAAUAUGAAGAGUAUCUUAAAUCAGGUGGAUAUAUAACAAUGAGCUAAAUGAAAGGCUAGUAAUUAUAAGAUUCUUAAUAUAACGAUUAAUCUUAAUCAAAUAACACUUAUGCAUUCAACAACAAUAUUUAAAAUUCCUGA